AUGGCAGCCAUCAAGAACGUCAUCAUCAUUGGAGCGGGUGGUAACCUCGGUCCCUCCAUCUUGAACGCUUUCCUCAAAGAGUCCUCUUUCAACACAACCGUCCUUUCUCGCCAAGGGUCAAAGUCUACCUUCCCCUCAGGUGUCAAGGUCAUCCGCGCAGACUACGAUUCCCACGACAGCCUAAAGGAGGCAUUCCAGGGCCAAGAUGCCGUUGUCUCACUUGUUGGUGGUAUGGCACUGGGCGAUCAGAACAAGUUGAUCGAUGCCGCCAUUGCAGCGGGAGUGAAGCGCUUCCUUCCUUCAGAGUAUGGCAGCAACACACCCGACAAGCGCACUCGCGACAUUGUGCCCGUGUUUGAGGCCAAGUUUGGCACAGUCAACUACCUCAAGAGCAAGGAGAAGGAGAUUAGCUGGACCAGCAUCAUCACCGGUCCUUUCUUCGACUGGGGCCUCAGGGUCGCUUUCCUAGGCUUUGACGGCUCCUCUAAGACUGCGACCAUCUUUGACGAUGGUGAGGCUGUCUUUUCGGCGACCAACCUCCACCAGAUUGGCCUUACAACCGUGAAGGCACUCGAGCACGCAGAUCUAACUAAGAACCAAUACGUAUACGUCAGUGGAUUCCAGACAACGCAGAACGAGGUGUUGGCUGCGGCAGAGAAGGUCACUGGUGCGAAGUGGACCGUCAACAAGGCCAGCGCGAAGGAGCACAUCGAGCAAGGGCGUGCUAAGCUUCAGUCGGGAGACUAUAGCGGUAUCCCAUACUUGAUCCAGGGUGCCACAUUUGCCAAGGAGCAUCAACUAGGUGACCUUUCAUCGGCGGGUCUGUGGAACGAUAAGCUGGGUGUGCCCAAGGAGGAUUUCGAGGAGACCAUCAAGGCUAAUAUCCCUGUGCCAAUCAUAAACAUGGCAGAUCGCGCGGCCAAACGGAUGCGACGCAUAAGCACCGAAUAUGACGAAUCCGAGGGCGACGGAUGGGAUGCGAGAGGAAACAGCACCAGUGCUACCCCUACCGCCUCCUCGACCCGCCCACGUCGCGGCACUGCGAACCAGUCGCCUGCUGCUGCCGUCAUACAGCGCUCCUCGCCCGAAGAGACGCGCCAGUCGAUACACCUCACCGUCAAGUCAUCCCCCAACAAGAUCAGACAGGCCACCGGCGGGGCUGUGCCAAAGGCAGGCGUCAGCAGGAAUAACAUAGUCGCGGGCAAACGCGCUUCACGGAGUAGUCGUGUAGUGCAGGAAAUCGAUAGCGACGAUGAGGACGAAGACGACGACGACGACGACGACGCCGAGGAGGUCGACGCCAUGGACGUGGACGACGACUCGGACGAGAACGAGGUAGACGCUGAAGGCGACGAGGACGAGGACAUGGACGCCGAAGGGGACGAAGACGACGAUAUGGAGGACACACCAGCGCCCCGAAUCACCGUAAACGCGAACAGAGGAAUCCCCGUUCAACCAGCGCCAGCGAUAAAACUCACAAAAGCACAGGACAAAGUCGAGGCCAAGGAAAUGGCCAUGGACGACGACGAUGACGACGACCUCAGCGAUCCCGACUCCGACCUCGACGAGGAAGACGCAGAAGGCGAAGACGAGGAUGCCGAGGGCGAGGAAGACGACGACAUGGGCGUCACACCUACUGGGGAUAUGGACGAGGACAUGGACAGCGACGAGGAUGCCAGCCGCGACCAGACACCUGAUGUCACCAAAAUGACGAAGCGACAACGCGCUCUCAUCAAUGAAGAAGGCGAUGGCGCACUCCUGGCACUCUCCAACGAGGCACAGAAGAAGAAGCACCUCACAGCUGAAGAACACGCCAUGCGAAGGGCUGAGAUGGCAAGGCGAAGGAAGAAUCUCAGUGAGAAGAGGAAUGAAGAAGAAAAGCUCGACACGAUCAAUCGUCUCCUCAAAAAACAGCCCCCAAAACGUGGCCGCAAAUCUAUGAUGAACGUGGACGAAGAUGGAGAAGAGGUGGAACAUGAGCCAGAGCGCGCAAACCCGCUCUUCACACGCUACAUUCAGAAUGCCAAGGGAACUCAGCUCGCUGUUCCUAAUGAAUGGCUUCAGGCUCCCGUUGGCAGUAUAUUCGCUGGGGACAUGCAGAAGGGGACCCAGAAGCCAUUCAGUGGAAGGAUGGUUGAGGAGGUAGCUUAA